AAUUCAUCAAAAGGGGUUAUUGAUAUUGGAAGUAAUGGUAUUCGGUUUGGUUUAGUCUCUUCAUUGAACAGACAUUUACCAAUUCUUUAUGAAGAACGUGCUCCCAUUUCACUAUUUGAAGCACAACAUUCUUCUAAAUCUGAGGAGAAAUCUAAUAUACCAGAAAACAUAAUACGCAAUGUAGAAAAUACUAUGAAAAGAUUUAAUUACAUGUGUACAAGCUAUGGUGUGAAAAUUGAUGAUGUUACUAUUGUAGCCACUGAAGCAACUCGUACUGCGCCUAAUAGUAUAGAGUUUUGUGAGAGAAUAGAAAAAUCAUUUCAAAAACCUGUUCUAAUAUUAGACAAAGAAAAAGAGGCUAUAGUUUCUGGAAAUGGCAUUGCGGCAACUUAUAAUGGCGUAGAAGGUCUAGUUAUGGAUAUGGGUGGUGGAUCCGUAGAAUUAAGCUAUUUGAAAUUUGAUCGAAAAACUGCCGAAUUCAAAAUAUCAGAUGCACCAAUAAAUCUUCCUUAUGGUGCUGCUGCUUUAACAAAAUUAUUAAAACAGAAUAAUACACCCGAAAAACUUUCUAAAUUAUCAAAUCAAAUCGUAGAAGAUUUGAAAAAAGGGUUUGUGAAUUUAGGUGCCCCUGAAGAUAUCAAAGUUAAUGGAAAAUUUACUGUUUAUAUGAGUGGUGGUGGAUUUCGUUCUCUAGGUUAUUUGUGUAUGUCAGAGAGUGAAUCUGAUUCUGGUAGCAAAUAUUCUUAUCCAAUCCCAAUAAUCAAUGGUUUCUUUACAUCCUCUGAGAAAUUGAAAAAAGUUAUAGAACCCCUCACACCAUCAGAACAAAUAGAAUUUAAAACAUCACCAGAAGCAAUAUUUCCUAAUGGAAAUCCAUUUCGUAUCAGUAACAGACGUGCUAAAUUAAUGCCAGCAUGCUGUUUCUUAAUAAAUGCUAUAAUGAAAUGCAUUGAUAUUGGUGAUAUUUAUUUUUGUGAAGGUGGCGUACGUCAAGGAAUGUGCUUUCAAAUGAUGGACAAAGAAAUUCAAAAAUUAGAUCCAUUAGAAACCUUUAUUGAGACACAUCCAUUACAAACUGAACAUAUUAAACAUAACACCUGUCAGGUACUAGAUAUUUUGAAAAGUUCCAUACCAGAGAAAUUUUAUGAAAUACUCGAUUCUGAUGUUACUGGUAAUAAUAAACCAGAAAGACUCGAACGUCUUCUUCCUAGUAUUAUCUCACUAUCACAAUGGUCAAUGAACCUUGCAAAAGAAGCACGUCCAAUCAGCGGUUUUACUUUGCCACUUGCGGGUGGACCACUUUGUAACACUCCCGGAUUAACCCACGUUGACAGAGCAAUCAUAUCAUGGUGUUUGAUGUAUAGAUAUUUUGAUGACGCAAAUGGUGACGUAGAAAAAAAUAUUAGUGUGAUGGAACCUAGUUUAUAUAUGGGUAUAAAAAAUAUGAUUCCUGGUGGAAAGAAUGGUAGAAAAGUUUGUGAAUUCAUUGGAAAAUUACUUGGAUUUAUUAUUUUAUGUGCACCAGUUACUAAACCAGUAACUGAUCCUACAGGCUGCUCAGUAAGCCAAUUAAUUAAAAUUAAAUUAAAAAAACCAGUCCAUACAUAUGAAAAUUUUAUAGCAGAAACUAUUAAAGUAUCAUUUCCAGAUUCUGAUAAAUUAUUUCUUAUUGUUCUUCCAACUGGAAGAACUCCAUGGGGUUAUGAUUGGCAUGGUCCCAGCAAGAAAAAUAUUGAUUUUGCAAUAUUUAAUUUGAAAGAAUUAAUGCCAGGAGUACCAAAAGACAAACGCCAUUCAAAUGGCGGACAAGGUGCUUGGUUUUAUAUUUCACAUUAUCCUGAUUCUAUUAUUGCAGGAUAUAUAAAAAUUCAAUAUUAUGUUCCUUAUUAUUGGAAUAGUGAUGCUUAUAUUGACCCAAUUCUUAAAGGGAUUUUAGAAUCAUCAAUUACAGAGUUUAAUAAUGAUUUAUAUGCAUCAAACAUGGUAGGUAUUCCAAUAUUAGCAAGAGUUGGUGGUGAAGAUGAUAAUGUUCAUCCAAUUCAUUCUAGAAUGCUAGUGAGACUGGUGAAUGAACAUUCUAACAAUACGAAUGCUAUUGGGCUUUCAGAAAUUGCCAAUCAAGGUCACUGGUUUGAUAAUAUAAUGUCCGACACGAUUAUGCAAAAUUUUUUAGAUCAACAUCUAUUAAGUAAUACUGAAUCUAACAACGAUAUUGAGAACAACAGUAAUAAUAGUAAUGGUAUCAUAUUUCCAAAAAAAUUUACUAUAACUUUAAUGAAUCCAGCAAGUUUUGGCAGUAAAUUUGGAAUUAAAGUCGAUCAAUUGAUUGUACCUUAUCGUUUAGGGAAAAUAGAAGUUGAAAUAAACCAAGGUGAAGAUGAAAAAUUUAUUUGGAAACUUCAAACUACAAAUAUUCUUAGAUUCAAAUUUUUAGAAAACUUCAAAUCUAAGGAUUUAAUUAGAAAUUCAAAUUUUCAAACUUAUGGGCCAAUUCAUCAAAUUCUUGAAUCAAAUUCAUCAUUAAAAAUAAUAAUUGGAACUUCUAAAAAUAAAAAUAAUGACACCAAAAUGUUUUUAAAUAUGGCUAAAGAAAUAUCUAGUAGGAAUUUAAUCUUGUUGGGAGGUGAAUUAGACAAUAAGGUUACAAGAAGAAUUUUAAAGGAGAGAGAAAGUGAAGUAAAGUUCAACCGAGAUGGGACUUUUAGGAUUCAAAAUAAAAUAUUUAAAGAAUCUGGAAUAGGUAUAUUGUUUUUACAUCCGUAUCAAAAUAAUAACCUGGCAUUGAUUAUAGCAGGAUUAGAUGCAAUAGGUUAUGAUCAAAUUUUAAAAUUAUUUCCUAAAAGAACUGGAGUUCCUGUGCCUGAUUGGAUUAUUAUAAGUAAAGAUGCAAGAUGGAAAGGUGUUGGUGGUGUACUUGUUAUUUAUUAUCCAUGA